AUGGCUACUUCAACCACCUCUGCUUCCUUCGCCUCCCCCUCUCCCUACUUUGACUCUCUGGCCAAACGCCGCCAACAAAAGAAGAUGAGCAUCACACAAACCUACUACCUCGCUCAUACUGCCCGGAAGAAGCUCACUCGGGAAGCUUCCCGGGCAGACCACGACCUCCGCCUGCUGGUCGGCCACGCCAACCUCCUGGACUCCCUGAUGUUCGACCUCGCCGAUGCAGAGCGCGAACAAGAACGCUGGUUCAACCAAACCGUCAGCGGCGCUACCAAGGCCGCCUCCUCCGACCGUCACAUCCAAUGGGCCUCCACCUCCACCGUCGUGGAAGAGCCCGAAAACUGGGAGGAGGAAACCUCCGAUCUCGACUCGGAUGCCAGUGACAGCGAUGACGAAGACUACGACGAAGCAGACUUUGUCAUCAACACCCCCGUCCGUCGCCGCGCUCCCUCUCCCGUGGCGCCCUUCCACGAGGACCUUCUGGAAGAGGACGACGCCGAUGACACCGACUCGGACUUUGAAUACGACGACGCAGAGGACCUGGACGAGCUCAGCUUGACCCGGUCGCCAUCGCGCCAGUCUCCCCCGGAGCUCCUCGCCGACUCGGAUGGCGAGUCCGAGGACGAGGCCACCCCUCCUCGCCGCCUCAGCCUACUCUGGAAUGCUUCAACGAGAAGGCACCUGCCACCACAGCCAUUGCCCUGGCUGGGUCUGAGCAGGAACAACUAUUCGAAGAGGGGUACUUCGGUGCACAAGAGCAGAGGACCAUGA